AUGCAGGAAUCACAUCCCACAUUGCCCAACGGCGAUCAAGGCGGAAUGUCCGGUCAAGAUGCGGCCCCGCCAACAGGACAGAUCUUGACGGGCAAACAGGAGCACUAUCUUAAGCGCGAACUCAUUGCCCGCCAAGUCCACGGAGAAAUCUCCGAGCUCAACUCCCCAACUGCCCUCCAGCGCUUCGGUGCCCCAUUUCGAUCAGAAUUCGGUGAAGUCGCUCCCGUUGACUCUGAGCUUCCAAUUCUCCGCUACAUCUUCGUGCAUCAUGUUCGCAAUUUCCCCUUUCUCAACCAGGCCGAGGAGAAGCAAUUCUGGCAAGAUAAGCUGCAAGUAUUCCUAGAAUCAUUUGCUAACAAGCAUGUCUCGUCGUCGGAAGAUCGUUUGGAGGAAACAAAGCGUCGGAAAUUGGCUCGCAAGUGUGAGAAGCUCGUGGAGCUGAUGAUGGUCUCUGGUGUACCGACUGCGUCAGGGUAUGAAGAGCGCAUUCAGUUCUCGGAGAUGGAAGUUGUGGAGCGUGGAGCCAACGAGAAGGGUCUACUUGUCAACAUGCCUGAGGGCAACGCGAUCAACACCUGGGAUGUAAACGUAGCUGCGGUUCGGGUGACUUCUGUCAAGCGGACCGUCCGAUACCAUCCCCACGCAGAAUUCCUCAUUCGAGUCCGUCGAGAUGACAAAGAAGAGUACCACAUCGGCAGAAGAUAUGGCGAGUUUGUCAACCUCCACCGGAGACUGCGCACUGAGUUCCCGGGCAAGCAUUUACCGCCUCUCCCUCGCAAAAACAAAACUUCCACGACAUCUAGUUGGUUCGGCUCGGCAGAUGACGAUGCUUCUUCCGUCUCUUCUCUCUCUUCCGACCGGGAUGCUAGUUUUGAAGACUUAAGUGGACAGUCCGGUCGCACUUUGGCACCUGGAGGGACUCUCAAUCGAUCAGCUUCACGGGCAUCUUUUCGAUCCACAAAGUCUCCCCGCGCAUCCGGUGAUGUAUCAAGGGAUACUGUUCUCUAUCGCGAGGAGCAGCGGGUAUCUUUGCGUGCAUUCCUCCGCACCCUUCUACAGAAUAAGCGCAUUGCGGAGUCGAAAUCGCUGGCUGAAUUUUUGACUGCGAGGCCCAUCAAACUUAACGAGGAAGAAUUGAUCGAUGUUCAAAAACGAAAGAAAAUGGACGCUAUCAGAAUUGAAGAGCAAAAGAAAUUCUAUGAGAUUGCAAGGCAGCGAGCGGCAGAGUUGGACGUUUAUAUGGAGCAGUUCCGGAGGGAUAUUGUGGAGAGCAAUGGACUAACGAAGCUCUUCGCGGAGAUUCGAGAGAAACCCUCUAUUGCAGACCUCAGUCCACAAUAUCAGAAGUUUGCUGAGUGGCUUCGCAUCGAGGUUGCCGCAACUGUGUACCACUUGUUCCUUGCAGAGGAUAACUCUCCUGAAAUGUUUGCCCAGGCGAAAAGAAUCCAUGGGCUCGUUCCAUAUACAUUGUUGAAAAAUGUAAUCCGCAUCGCCAAUCCUGCUGCCGUCAUGUCGGGAGUUCUCGACCUUUUCUUAGCACAACCAUUUGGAUCACGGUCGCUGCUACAGCGGAUCUUCUCAUUGACUCUAAACGAAAGCAUCAAGGACUUCCAGAAGUCCAUUUCCUCCCUGGCUGCCAAGGUUGAAGAUCAGGUCCUUGCUGAAAAGCUCAAGAGCUUCGUAAAUGCUGAAGAGAGUACGAAGAAUCAAAUUCGUCAAGAAGCUGAACUUGAGGAUGUUGACCUCAUUGUGGCCAUUCUUCGUUCUGAAAAUCUGUCACCGGAGCUCACCCCAGAGCAGAUUGAGAAGGUAUUCAAUGGCUGGGUUGCCUGGAACUAUGCCGUGGACAAUGUCGACCUGGAAAUGCAGCAGGGGGCCCAAUGGUUUGCCAACAUGAAACAACUACUCAAAUUAUAUACUCGCCAGCGCGAUAAGGCAAUGAUGCUCAGCAUUGUUGAGGAACCUACCACCCUUCAGCUGUUUCGCGACCUGUUCACCAUCUUCUAUGAACCACUUGUCCGAGUGUACAAAUCUGCCAACGUCUACAGCAGUAUUACGGAUUUCGCUCAAUUCGCCGACGACGCCAUUGCUGUCAUCGAGAGUGCCCAACGCCAAGAUGCCUCUGCUGACCCCAACCAGACAGUCCAAUCCUUUAUUGACCUUUGUGCUCGACACCAGGAUAACUUUUACAAGUUUAUUCAUGAGGUGCACCAGCAUGACAAUGGACUUUUCCAGUCUCUGAUGUCUUGGAUUGAGGAGAUCCUUGAUUUCCUGCGCAAGGGGCCCAAGGGUGGUAAGCUGGACAUGAACGCCAUGUUCCAGGGAGCUGCUGCCGCUGGUCAGGUUGAUAGGGAUGUUGCUCUCGCUGAGAUCAAUGCCUUGAUCAAGUGGCACGAGGAUCGCAAGCGCUGGCAUCUUAACAAGACUCGCCAGAAAAUGGCUGCUGAAGGAACCACUGAAACCAUUCCAGGCUCUGCAACCUUCAAGGGCAGCGACUUUGGCCUUGAUGAGGGUGAUCUGGAAGAUCUCACUAUCUCUGAUGAGGCAUCUGACUCGUCUGACGAAGGGACCGAAGAUGACGAAGAGGAUGACCCCAUUGCUUCUGAACGACGUCGGCGGGUCAAGAAGCAAGACCAGCUUCGACGAACUGCGGGAGAGCCGGUGAAGCCCGAGAUCUCCGAAAUCCUCAAGCUCACUGAUCCUUUCGUGGUCAUGCUCCGCUAUGUGCUCGCCGAUUGA